UCGGAGAGUCAGUUGAGCCUCGAGUCCUGGCCUAAUUGGAUGGAAAAUUUUCGUUGUCGCGUUGGAAAGGCGAGUUCGUUGGUGGCUCGUGUGCACUCUAUGAGGGCUUGAUCCUUGUAGCCAGAAUUUUGUUUUGUGCAAUGCUUUGUGCAAGCUUGUUUGCCAUUUAGUUGGUCUUGCAACAUUGUUUAAGGAUCUAUUGCAGUUUUGCGAGUGCAAGGACUAUUGGCGACUAUUGCGUAUGGAGUGAAUAGAACAUUUUUGAGUUUGGUAGUGCCCGCUACCGCCUGCUAUUCGGUGUGUGCUAUAGUUCGUGUUGCGCAUUUUGUUGUGGUUACAUGGCGGUGGAAGGGUUAAGAAGGCAUGAAAUUCAAAUGCCAUGAGAGAGAUGAGUGCGAAAAUCUUCAGUAGAGUGCAAUAAUAGCAAUAAUUGAUAGUAAUUGGUUUGAAGUGUUGUUUGAGCAAGGAUCCCUGGUUCAAUCCUGUUUUUGGUUUCCAGUGAUUUUUCGGUUUGGUUUUGAAUUUCUUAGAUUUCACGGGUUGAGUUUUUUUUAAAAGAUUGAUGCGGAAUUUAAGAUAGGAGAACACAGAAGGAUUGUUGAAACGGUGAACGAUGAGCUGGCGAAAAAUGGAUUUCAAUACGGUUCUGGUCGCGCUUUCAUUGCUGCUGGGGCUGCUCAACGUUGAAGGUUCACAAAUUCCUCGAAUUAUCGAGCAUCCCAUCGACACCACCGUUCCACGCCACGAACCCGCUACACUGAAUUGUAAAGCUGAAGGAUUUCCGCCGCCAACAAUACAAUGGUAUAAGGAUGGUGUUCCAUUGAAAAUAUUGCCAGGAUCUCACCGUAUAGUCCUGCCAGCGGGCGGCUUGUUUUUUCUAAAGGUUGUAAAUUCUCGACGGGAAAGCGAUGCCGGCGUCUACUGGUGCGAGGCGAAAAACGAGCUGGGGGUGUCGAGGAGCAGAAAUGCCACUUUGCAAGUAGCAGUUCUCCGGGAAGAUUUUCGCUUGGAGCCGCAAAACACUCGGGUGGCGCAAGGUGACACUGCUUUGUUGGAAUGUGCACCCCCGAAAGGCAUACCUGAGCCGGUGGUAAGUUGGCGAAAGAACGGGCAAAAGUUGGAAUUGGAAGGCUCGAAAAGGUUGCGUAUAGUGGAUGGAGGCAAUUUAGCUAUUCAAGAUGCUCGACAAACUGACGAAGGACAAUAUCAAUGCAUUGCUAAGAAUUUGGUUGGCAUCAGAGAGUCGUCCGCAGCAAUUUUAAAAAUUCAUGUCAAGCCAUUCCUGAUACGUGGACCGCACAAUCAAAUCGUGGUGGAGGGUUCAUCCGUAACAUUUCAAUGUCGAGUGGGCGGCGAUCCCAUGCCCGAUGUGUUAUGGCGACGCACAGCAUCAGGCGGUAAUAUGCCGCUAGAUAGGGUACAUAUCCUAGAGGACCGAAGCCUCCGACUCGAAGGUGUCACUCUAAAUGACGAGGGUGAAUACAGUUGCGAAGCAGAUAAUGUGGUCGGCUCGAUAUCGGCAAUGGGGACCCUAACAGUUUACUCUGCACCGAAAUUUAUCAUUCAUCCAACGCCACAAUCCCGAGAACCACCAUCGGACGUGUCAUUUGAAUGCAAGGCAUCGGGUAACCCGAAACCAACCAUGUUCUGGUCGAUAGAAGGAAACCGCUCAUUAAUUUUUCCCGGGACGAAAUUGGACCGUUUCGAGACAACAUCAACGGACGAGGGUCUGACUAUUCUUACGUUGCCACAAAUCAAGCGCACGGAUGACGGGCUUGUAGUUAUUUGUAGUGCAAUUAACCCGGUCGGGUCAAUCAGUGCUCGUGCCCGUUUAACCGUCACCUCUCAAGAGGACCGGCCACCCCCUAUUAUUAUUUAUGGGCCGGCGAAUCAAACGUUGCCGGUGAAAUCUAUAGCGGUCCUCAAUUGCAAGGCGACCGGCACACCAAAACCGAUUAUCUCUUGGUACCGGGAUGGUAUUCCGGUCGUUGCACAACCUGGAAAAUCCAACAUCACAGAAUCCGGCACUCUAAUUAUAUCUGACUUGGACCGGAACGAGGAUCAAGGACUGUACACAUGUGUGGCGAGCAGCCGAAGUGGAAAGUCCACAUGGAGUGGAUUCCUGCGUCUUGAGAUACCAACAAAUCCGAAUAUUAAAUUCUAUCGAGCGCCGGAUAUUUCAAAAUUUCCCAGCGCUCCGGGAAAACCUCAAGUAGUGAAUGUGACCGAGGACGCUAUUGCGAUAAUGUGGGAGCCGAGCAGCAAACCUGGAGGUUCGGAGAUUAUUGGAUAUAGUGUGGAGGUUUUUUCGAAUAAUAUGACCAAGGGAUGGGUACCGACCGGGACGAAGAUUAUGGAAAACGUUUACAUCGAGACAGGACUAACGUUUGGGGCGAGCUACAUGUUUAUUGUCCGGGCUGAGAAUUUGCAUGGACUUUCACCACCGAGUCCUAUGUCUGAUGUCAUUGUUGCCGGCAAGAGCGUCGUCGAAGAGGAUGUCAGCUUAAAUGAGGCUCAGGCAAUUCUGUCGUCAGGUGAUGUCGUUGAAUUGCUCGAGGCAAAUGCUACGGAUUCAACCAGCGUACGUCUGGCAUGGGAGAUCGUAAACGGACAGUAUGUUGAAGGAUUUUAUAUUUAUUCACGCGAGAUGACGACUAAUGGCAGCUAUAAAAUGCUGACCGUUCUUCAUGGCGGUGGUGCGUCAGCGUGCACAAUUACAGGACUCAUGAAGGCGACGGAAUACGAAUUCUUCCUGGUGCCUUUCUAUAAAGUGGUUGAAGGCAAACCGUCGAAUUCGAGGCGUGCCAAGACAUUUGAAGAUGUGCCCAGUGGAGCUCCCUCAAACAUGGAAGCUGUCCUUUUCAAUACAACAGCAGUUUAUCUCAAGUGGCAGCCCCCAAGCAAUAGUUCCUUAAAUGGUGUCCUUACCAGUUAUCACGUCAUCGUUCGAGGUCUGGAUGCAUUAAAUAUAUCCCGAAUUCUUACAAAUAUGACAGUUGAAGCGACUACCCCAUCCCUCCUGCUUGCUAAUCUGACGUCAGGUGUGACGUACUACAUUAGUGUAGCAGCUGCCACUAGGAAGGGUGUCGGCCCAUUCAGUCAACCGGCCACACUCCGUCUCGACCCGAAGACUAAAAAAUUGGAUCAAGGAUAUACUCGAUAUCCAAUAAGUCGGAAUAUAUCUGAUGACUUCCUAACCCAGACGUGGUUCAUCGUGCUCCUCGGAUCUAUCAUAGCCGUCAUAGUGUUCCUUUUCGGCGCCAUGGUACUGUUCAAGCGAUAUCAGUUUAUCAAGCAAACAUCGUUGGGGAGUAUACAUGGCAAUCACGCAAUCGGCACGGUACGAAAAUUUCCCACAUUGCCAUUGAAUGCGGCCGGCGUUUGGAUUGAUCCAACCGGAGGCGUUUGGAGGCAAGCAUCAACUGUUACGAAAGAUUCCGUUCCUGAUUACGCACAAAUUUCAACGGCACCGACACUACCAUUACCGGAUUACGAAAGACUGACACCACUGAAUAUGCCAGAUUAUGCGGAGGUGGCGGGUUGUUCGACAUUUAAAAAUCACCCCAUAUCCCCGCUGUACGACAGCUGUGGAGCCUAUGCGACAACGAACCUUGUUACAAACGCUAAACUGUAUCAGAAUCGUUAUGCAACGGGCACGCUAAAGGACACGACGGGCAGUUUGGGCGGUAGCGGAGCCAAGCACCACCGCGGAAAUGGCUUGUAUUCGGCGCCGAGUAGUAACCAUUAUAACUUGGAUGCAAGUAAUUUUAUGUUCAGCGAUACAAAUUAUCCAAUAAACAAGACACCAUCCCCGUCCAUGGCGGGAGUAGGACUGGGCUCCGGUGUCUCCAAGGGGGUUAAUAGCAACACCACAACAUCCACUGGCGGUACCGGUGGUGGUGCUGUAAUGGGAAAAAUGAACAUCAUCGAGAACAAAAUGGAUCUCAUAAAUAACUUAAAUCGUACGUCAUCAUCAUCAUCAUCAACGACGUCUGUUCCUAACCAUAUAUCGUCUGCAAUGAGUAGUCGGCCAUUGUUGAACGGAUUUAGCAGCAGCAGCAACGUGGCCGGGGGUGGUCAUAUCGGUGGCAUUGGGGGUGGCCAUAUUGGUUAUGGAAACAUGUUCAGCGGCACUGGUGCACCGAAUGGCCUGUCGUCGUCCACAACAAUCAAACGUAAUCGCCAUCCGAAACUUUUCAGCAGUGAUAAUAAAAUAAAUUUCGGUAAUGGCUCCAGUAUUAGCCACUCGAACUACGGGUCGGUAGCGAACGCUGGGGUGGGUGGAUGCGGCGGAAAAACUCCUUCCGGGUGCGGCGGCAUGACUGAAAGUUUUGAAACUCAUUCGAGUUCCGGAAACAAUAAUCAUUACGGCGAAGAAUCAUCAUUGGCCGCAUCUCAUCGUUCCGCAACAACGGCAAACGGCGGCAGGAAUAAGGACUCUUCCUUAACUUGGUCGUCCUCCGUUCAGAACGCUUCAUAUCAAUAUCCAAAUAGUUCGGUAUCGUCCUCGUCGCAUGGUAACAAUAGCAACAAUGUCAUGCCGGCGAGUGCAACAAGUUCUUCGAAUAAAAGUGAUAGCAAUCAUAGAAACGGUAGUGGUUCCCAAAUAUAUUUAAGUAGUUUCGGAAAAAGUGAUAACGUGUAAAGUACAUCUAGUUAGGAUUAAGAUGCGACGGCAUAGGCGCUGUAGAUAUCAGAUACCUUUUAAUGCUAGGAAGUCAUGUAUAUGUAGGAUAAGAAUUGUUUGUUUUCCGUAUUACGUUUUGUAAAUUUUUUGUUGAACUGUUCUAUGUUAGCCCCGGCACCGGCCCUCAUGUGGGGCUGUGGUCGAAGCAGGGCGGCCCCUUUCAAGAGCUUCCCUUACAAGAAGAAAGUAGUACUCCAGCAUUUGAAACUGCUAAUCAUUAAAGGCCUACACUCAACACGAUAACGACAUAACGCCUAAUCAGCACAAGUUGUAAGCGAGCGACAUGCAAAUGUGAGUAUCUUUUGGUUUUCUUAAAUUUGGAUCACAAGAAAGCUACAUUUAUCUUAAGUUUUUAUACUCGUAUGGUUACUAACUGUGUCGAAAGGCUUCACUAUUAUUUGGAACAAUAGAUUGGAAAUUAAAAGCAAAUGUAAAUAAU